UACCAACAACAAUAAUGGCGACUGCCAUUGCAAAAGUUUUGUAAGUCAGCGUCGGUUUGAAACACAGCAAUAAAGCCAGAUUUAAUACGUAAAUGUCACUUUAUAUGUUCGCAAGAAAGUAAUAACCGACAAAAUGGAUGAAAGGCAUUGGUGGAUUGCCAGCAAAAUCCAAGAAACUUUCAAGAUUGGAGGUUAUGAUAAUCCAACGUUGUUGGAGGAUUUUAUCAUCGAAGACAUAACGCUGGGGAAAAUAAACAAGUUUUUAAAAGCAAGUGGACCAUGCCGACUGUUUUUCUACUGCGAAAAGCCCGAAACAGGCGUGCUGUCAACCCGAGAAUUGCAUGUAACAGGCACGCUUGCAUCACUGAAAGAUACAAAUCUGGAAGGAGUAAACAUUCUUUAUUUUCUGAGAAACCGCGUCGAUAAAGAUGUUGAUGGCACAAGAAUGGAAAGAGAUAUUUUCUGUGGUGAGCUCAAGCAUAAUACAAUCGAGACACUCACAACUCUGUUGUCAGAUGUCUAUAUUCCACUGCUCAAAGCGCAGAAAGACUGGGGAGAGUGUAACCCAGAUGGACAGUCACAACUAAUGAACAACAUGGACAAAUUCCUCACAGCUCUCAAUGAAUCAACUGCCUCACUGCAGUCUUCUAAACAAAUGAUGCUGAAGCAGCCAGACCAUGUUGUUUUGAACGACUUCAAGCAACAACGCGCUGCCGCCCUCGAUCCUGCCCUUAUCAGUCAGUAUGAGGAACUGGUCACAGAAUGGAUGAACACCAUCGAGGCCGUACUCACAGAUACCUCGGAUGAAAGAUUCAUGGAUCCAAAUGCGGGGCCAUUGUCAGAACUGGAACGCUGGAGACGUCGUCAGCGCCUACUCACCAACAUCACUGAGCAGCUGAAGGGCAAGGAAUGCAAGGCCGUAAUUGGCGUCCUCAUCACUGCUAAGUCACGCCUCCUCAAGAAGUGGAAGGCCAUUGAUGCUGCUAUCACAGACGGUAUGAACGACACAAAGGACAAGGUGAAAUUUCUGGAGUCGCUCAAGCGUCACUUUGACCAGCUGUACAGCAUGGAUACCACCCCUGCCUCGAUCAUCAACAACGCCAUCCCGGGUCUCGUGAAUAGUGUCAAACAGAUGGACUCCAUCUCCAGAUACUACUCCCGCACUGGCUUUCUGGGACUCAUGUUUACCAAGGUUACAAACCAGCUGGUGAUGGCGUGCAAGGAAUACAUCAAGAACUGCACGCUGACCAUGGAGGAUGACGACCUGCUCUGGGCGCGCAUACAGGAGGAGAUUGAGAACCGAGACACGUCCAGCGCAGACGUCGACCCCAAGAUCAAACUGCUCAAGAGUCAGGUGGAUGCCAAACUCAAGGCAAACCGAGGCAAAAGUAAGGAAGGCCGGGACCUUGGCCUUGGGGACGACACACUUUAUGGACGCCUGAAAGCCUGCCUGACCCUGCAGGGGUUCUACCGCGAGACAAUACGCACACUAAAAGACUCCAUUGGGCAGUCCCAGAACAUGUCCCAUUACACGUCCAUGAGCAGCGUUGUAGGGACAGGAAGCUUUGCAACUAGAGGCAAACAGCCUGAACCCAACCCAGACAAAUCAAAUAGAGGCGUAUUGAGUGGGACCUCUAGAGUUACGGGCACUUCACCUAAGAAGGGUGUAUCCUCACUUCUGGCCGACGUUCAAGGUCACGGUGUCCCAAUCACUGACGAGGAGGCAAUAAUGUCACACUUUGACUCGUUCUGUAACCGCAUACGACAACUCAUGGACGUCAUCAAUACCCUGGCGCAAUACACCAGGAUGGUGAAAUCGACCCAAGGGGUUCCCAAGCCCCGCAAGGAAGACCUUGUGAUUGAUGACGGCACUGAGCAGGAGGAGUGGCGCAAGUACAAGAAACAGGAUGAUGGCAAACAGAAACCUACAAUUGAGUUUGAGGAUGAGGACCCAGACCUGGCUGCAGUGCAUGUGAAGAUGACCUCCCCUGACCGCUCUCUUCGCGUUAUAGCCGAGGAUGAGGAGAUAUUGGAGGAGGGUGAGGAGGAGGGGGGAGAGUCGAGGACUGCCCGCCUCGAUAACGUACUCGAGCGGGGAGAUGAUAGUCACGAUGUUACCACUAAUCAGCAGGGACUCACAGAGACUGAACUGGCUACACUCAGACACUACUACCCUGAGGAUGAGGAGGAUGAGGGUCCUGCCAUAGCAACCAUCAUCGGGGAGCACCUGACCAACAUGACCAUGGCCAUGAGUGAGAACGUAACAACCAAAACCAUGCUUGAUGUUGAGUCAAAGGAUAAGGACCGCUUUGAUGACCACUAUUCAGGCUUCCAGAAGAUUGUAGGAGACCUGGAGAGGUUCCUUGCCUCCUACCUUCACGUUAUCUUCUGUCGUAAGAUGAAAACCCAGCAAGGUCUGGACAUCGUCACUAGACUGCAGUCGGUGCAGAACCGUCCCGGUAUACGAGCAACCCUGGCGGAGAAGUUUGUGGAGAUAUUCAACUGGUACGAGGCUGAUCUAGAGGAAGUGCAGAAAAUCUACGAGACCCACAAGGAAAACCCACAGUUGGUACGCAAUGCCCCUCCAGUGGCAGGAGCCAUUCACUGGUCACGACAGCUUCUCAAGCGUAUUGAGGACCCAAUGAAAGUCUUCCGGGACAACAAGGCAAUCACCCAGCUGGGGGAUUUUGGGAGGAUCGUUAAGAUCUACAAUCGCCUGGCGACUGCACUUGUGACCUUCGAGAGCCUCUGGUUUACACAGUGGAAGGCCAGAAUUGAUAACGCGCGAAAUGGACUGCGGGCUACACUUUUUGUGCAUCAUCCAAUCACCAAUGAGAUUGUAGUGAAUGCUGAUGAAAGGGUCCUAGAGCUGAUCCACGAGGCCAAAUGGCUGACGCGCCUCGGAAUCCAGAUCCCUGAAUCCGCAGCAGCCAUCAUGGCGCAGGAAUCGCGGUUCAAGAGCUACAAGAGUCACCUGGAGCUGGUACUGAACGAGUACCGCAGUGUGUGCGAGGCUAUCCCUGACCCGCUCCGUAACCUGUUCACACCGCACACAGAGUUUGUCAAUCAGCAGCUGCAGCCGGGAUUGAACACCCUGGCCUGGAACAGCAUGAACAUUGACGCGUUUUUACACCAGAUCCACUCUGCGACAUCUCGUCUGAAGACGAUGCAGAAGCAGGUGAAUGACGUGAUGGAGAACAAGGUGUUCAAGACGCUUGACAACAUCAGCAACUUCUACCUGUUUGACCAGGAACUUGCCUUCUCCAGGUCAUGGCCCCCAGAGUAUUUCCGUGAGGAGAUGUUACGUACAGCUGGAGACAGGUCGGCCAUGUUGCAGGAGUAUGUGGAGGUCGUGAUGGAGGGACUACAAACAGUGGCCAACAUUCUGGCUGUGAAAAAGCAACCCCAGUGGGCACAUGACAGUUUUAUGCCCGACCCCCACGGCAAGGGUAAGCGUGUCAGUGUUAUUGUGGACCCAGAGGAGGUGGAACGAGAGAAACAGAAGGUGCAGCAGGAGGAACAGCUUGUCCUUGACCUAGUCGAGGUUAAGAUUGUACUUGGCCUAGAUGGUAUGUUAUCCAGUGGUAAGAUUGUACUCUGGCCUAGUUGCUAUGUUUCCUGGACCUGUGGCUAA